AUGGGAGCUGCUAUUGUGGAGCUUGUUGAAGGCUUGAAGGAGCGGUGUUGCGUGGCGUGCGGCGCGACGGUCGUUGUUCUGCCGCCUGCCGCCGCGGACUCCGCGGCGGGAGCGGGCGGGCAGUUCGCGCUUGAAUGCAGCGAAGGGUUCGUAAAUGCGACUGAGCGUGCUUGGAAGUGGCAAGGGUCGCCCUGCAAAGAAGGCGAAGCGGCGGAGCCGUUUGCAAGUGCAAGAGCCAGCGCGCCCGCAGCGGCGGCGGCGUCGAUGGAGCCGGCGGCGCUCAAGAGACACUUGAUAGAGGAGCUGCACCAGGGCCACCUCUUCCCGCCGGAUGCGUCUGCGGCAGACGAGGCGCGGCUGCUGCAGCAGCUGGCGGCGGCGGACGCCUCGUACCCCGGGGGCCUGCGGGCGUACGUGGGCCGGGCGCAGGAGCUGCUGCGGGCUGCGGGCGCGGGGGCGAAUCCCUUCGAGGGCUUCAGCGUGGCAGUGCCUGCGGGCGAGCGGCUGCGGCCGGGCAGCGAAGCCUUUUUGGCCUUCGAGGCCGCGGGGCUGCAGCAGCUGCGGCGCUGCGCCUUCGUGGUGGUGGCGGGCGGCCUGGGCGAGCGGCUGGGCUAUUCGGGCAUCAAGCUGGGGCUGCCCACGGAGAGCUGCACCGGCAGCAGCUACCUGCAGCUCUACUGCAGCUUCGUCGCCGCCUGCCAGCGCCACGCCCAGCAGCAGCAGCAGCAGCAGCAGCAGCAGCAGCAGCAGGGGGAGGAGGUGCGGCUGCCGCUGGCGAUCAUGACCUCGGGGGACACGCACGCGGCGACUGCGGCGCUGCUGGAGGCCCACGACUUCUUCGGACUCGACAGAAGCCAAGUCCAUUUGCUGCAGCAGCAAAAAGUGCCCGCGCUCGCCGACAUGCAGGCCAGGCUCGCCACCUGCCCCCAAGACCGCUUCCAGCUGCUGCUGAAGCCCCACGGCCACGGCGACGUCCACGCGCUGCUGCUGCGCUCCGGGCUGCUCAGCAGCUGGCAGCAGCGGGGCCUCCGCUGGGUCGCUUUGCUGCAGGACACCAACGCGGCGGUCCUCCGCGUGCUGCUGGCCGUCAUCGGCGUUUCCGAACGCAGGGGACUCGCCAUGAACUCCAUCGCCGUUCCCAGGCGGCCUGGGGAAGCCGUCGGCAGCAUUUGCCGGCUGGUUUCGGCGGAGCGCGAGCUGACUCUCAACGUGGAAUACAACGUGCUGGACAGUCUUUUGAAGGCCACGGGCAAAGGCGGAGACACGGCGGGGCCUGAGGGCUAUUCGCUUUUGCCCGGAAACACCAACGCCAUAGUGCUGAGUCUGGAGCCUUACUUGCGGGCUUUGGAGAGUUCUGGGGGUCUCGUGCCGGAGUUUAUAAAUCCCAAGUUCAAAGACGAAACGAAAACUUCCUUCAAGUCGCCCGCGCGCCUCGAAAGUAUGAUGCAGGACUUGCCGCUGCAGCUGGCGCCGGAAGACAAGGUCGGCUUCGUGGAACUGCCCCGCUGGUGCUGCUUCAGCCCCGUGAAGAACUCCGUCGAAGACGCGCGCAAGAAAGCCGCGAGCGCUUUGCCGCCGGAGUCCGCGCUGAGCGGCGAGGCGGACUUGUACUACCAGAACGCGCAGUGGCUGAAGCUCGCCGUGGCCUGCAGCAGCAGCAGCAGCAGCAGCAGCAGCAGCAGCAGCAGCAGCAGCAGCAGCGGCUCCGUGUUCAUUGCGGAGCCCCGGCCCGUUUGCUUCGGAGGCGUUAAGUACCAAAUGGGCCCCAAAAUCGUCCUUUGUCCUUCCUGGGCGAUUUCGCUGCAGCAAAUGAAGGAACGGCUGCGGGGCGCCAACCUGCGGAUUCAGCAGGACUCGGCGCUGGUCAUUUCCGGAGAUGUCGAAAUUCACAAUUUGGAAUUGGACGGCGCUUUGCUGCUGAAGGCAGACCCUGGGGCGUCGCUGGUGGUGGACAGUCUGUCAGUGCGCAACGCGGGCUGGAGCUUUGAGCCGCUUUCCGAUGCUGCUGCUGCUGCUGCUGCUCCCGUGGAGGCUUUGCGGGGCUUUCGAGUGCUGCGGAAAGAAGCAAAGGAAGUUCAUGUCAAGAGUGGGACUGAAGUGAUUCGGGAGUGA